CCAUGGAAAAUUACAAUCAAACAUCAACUGAUUUCAUCUUAUUGGGGCUGUUCCUACAAUCAAGAAUUGGCCUUUUCCUCUUCACCCUCAUUGUUCUCAUUUUCCUAAUGGCUCUAAUUGGAAACCUAUCCAUGAUUCUUCUCAUCUUCUUGGACAUCCAUCUCCACACACCCAUGUAUUUCCUACUUAGUCAGCUCUCACUCAUUGACCUAAAUUACAUCUCUACCAUUGUUCCAAAGAUGGUUUAUGAUUUUCUGUAUGGAAACAAGUCUAUCUCCUUCAUUGGAUGUGGGAUUCAGAGUUUCUUCUUCUUGACUUUAGCAGUUGCAGAAGCGCUGCUCCUGACAUCAAUGGCCUCUGAUCGUUAUGUGGCCAUUUGCUUUUCUCUACAGUAUCCCAUCCGUAUAAGCAAAAGUGUGUGUGUGCUGAUGAUAACAGGAUCUUGGAUGAUAAGCUCUAUCAACUCUUGUGCUCACACAGAAUAUGCACUCCAUAUCCCAUAUUGCAAGUCCAGAGCCAUCAAUCAUUUUUUCUGUGAUGUUCCAGCUAUGUUGACACUAGCCUGCACAGAUACCUGGGUCUAUGAGAGCACAGUGUUUUUGAGCAGCACCAUCUUUCUUGUGUUUCCUUUCAUUGGUAUUGCAUGUUCCUAUGGCUGGGUUCUCCUUGCUGUCUACCGUAUGCGCUCUGCAGAAGGGAGAAAGAAGGCCUAUUCGACCUGUAGCACCCAUCUCACUGUAGUGACUUUCUACUAUGCACCCUUUGCUUAUACCUAUCUACGUCUAAGAUCCCUGCGAUCUCCAACAGAGGACAAGGUUCUAGCUGUCUUCUACACCAUCCUCACCCCAAUGCUCAACCCCAUCAUCUACAGCCUGAGAAACAAGGAGGUGAUGGGGGCCCUGACACGAGUGAUUCAGAAAAUCUUCUCUGUGAAAAUGUAGACAUACAUUCUGUCUUAGAGUCAAAGCACUAGGUUCAUAUCAACUUAGUAGUGUACAGCGGUGAAGAGAAGCAUUAUUACAUGCCCAGUGUGUCAAACGGAAGUUAAUCUAGAAGAUUUGUCUUUUAAUUUAGUCUUGACGAUAUUAUAAUGCAUAUUCUAAGACAUCUAUUUUGAUUUUGUUUGUGUGUGUUUUUUUUGUUUGUUUGUUUGUCUUUUUAAUGGAUUUUGGCUCUUGUUGCCCAGGCUCGAGUGAAAUGGCGCAAUCUCAGCUCACCACAACCUCUGCCUCCUGGGUUCAAGCGAUUCUCCUGCCUACCCUCCUUAGUUAGUUGGGAUUACAGCUGUGAGCCACCACAUCCUGCCUGUUUUUUUUUUUUAAUCAAAUAUAGGUCAUAUAUUUUCUACUAAAUUGUGGGCAACAGGGUUUCAUUAACAUAUAGAAAUCAAAGCAAUAAAGGUCCAAACUAAUCAUAUCAUUCAGCAUAAUAACUACAUAAUAGUUGUUUCUCUCCCAUUAUUAUAAAAAUAAGACAAAAAUAACAAAUUAUUUAAGAUUACUGAAUUUAAUUGAAUAUUAAAUAGUUUUUAUUUACUCUCAACUGGUGUGUAUAUCUUCUUUUUCCUAAAGUAAUGUUUUACUAAUAAGUUUACAUGAGGAUAAAUAAUUAUGUUUAUGGAGCAGCCAAUUUCGCUUUAGAAAAACAAGAGUUUCCCUAUAGGAAGUUCUAUAGAAGUUACAGUCUAUAGACCUUCUUAGACUAUAGAGUUGAGUGUGGAGUAGGUUAUUUGAACUAUUCCUCAGUCACAUCACAACACACUCAAGAUUUGCCUCCUCAGUAGCCAUGGGUAUUUUCAUGCAAGACAUUCUCUUCUGCAGAAUUUUAUUUCCACUUACACGUCUCAUAAAUCAACAGAACUAUUCAGCUUGGAAUGGGAUCAGCUCCUCUGCUCCACUAUUUUUAUACCUGCUUAGGCAUUUGCCUAAAAGGAUCAACAUUAUUUCAUAAAGGUUAUCUGCUUAGGUCCAUUCUCUGAGUGAAAGGCCAUUGCUCUCCAGAAGAUCCCAUUCCUGAGAAACUCUUUUAUCUCUGAGGAUAGGAGGCGAGAAGGAAUGUAGAAUGAGCAAGUAAGAAGAGCCUCAUAUUAUCCAAGUGACAGCAGUGGUGAAUGACUGAUAUGCAGUUGGUCCUUGAACAACACAGAUUUGAACUGUACAGGUCCACUUACUUGUGGAUUUUGUUCCGCCUCCAGCACUCCUGAGACAAGAACAACCUCUCCUCUUCCUCCUCCUCAGCCCACUCAACGUGAAGACAAUGAUGAAGAACUUUAUGACAAACCUCUCUCCCUAAAUAGUAAACAUAUUUUCUCUUUCUGACGAUUUUCUUAUUAAGAUAUUCUUUUUCUAGCUCACUUUACUGUAAGAAUAGAGCAUAUAAGACAUAUAAGAUACAAAAUAUGAGUUAAUUGACUGCUUAUGUUAUUUGUAAGGCUUCCUGUCAACAGUAGGAUAUCAGUAGUUAGGUUUUGGGGAGUUCAAAGUUAUAUGCAUAUUCUACUGCAUGGGGGUCAGCGACCCUAAUCUCCACAUUGUCCUAGGGUCAUCUGUACUACAAUUGGAAUAAUCAUUUUCAAACAAGAACAUUAACAUUUGAAUAGGAGAUACAAAUACGGAUCUGGAUAUACUCAUACCAAUUAAGCAUUUAAAGUUUGAUAGAGUACUGAAUAAUUUAAAUUUUGACUUAUAGAAUGGCAAAUAUGUAUGACUUUCUUCUCCCCUAAUUUAAUUUAAGUAGAAUUUCUCAUCAUUAGAACUGCAUGAGAAUGUCAUAAUAAUAUGAGAAAAGGUAGUAGUUGCCUGAUGUUGAAAGAUUUUCCUAAUC